CACCAGGAUUGGUUCAUCUGCCCUCCCUCCCCCCUAACCUGGGUCUGGGGGUGCAGGCCGGGGGCCACACCCCCGAGGACCGGGGGGCCAAAACCGUAGCAGAGGCGAUGGAGGCCGACCUUGUCGGGGCGAUGUUUGAACAGUCCGUGUUGCGGGCGGGCUCGAUACAUCUGUGAGCAGAUGUCAAAACCUCCGCUGCCCAUGGGCGAAGGAAGGUGUCAGAGUUCAAAGGGGAGCGAGGAGGAACAGCAGAGUCCCCAGCUGGUCCUGGGAAGGGAGCGGACGGGGGGCACCAUGCAGGACUCGGAGGGGAAGAGCAAGAGGACUUUCAAGGAGAAGCUCGUCCUCAAGAGCCGCCUGGCGAAGGAGAGUCUCUCUGAGUUCCUGGGGACCCUCAUCCUCAUCGUGCUCGGAUGUGGGUCCGUGGCCCAAGCCGUCCUCAGCCGGGGGCAGCUGGGCAGCAUAGUGACUAUCAAUGUUGGCUUUGCCAUGGCCGUGGUCAUGGCCAUUUAUGUGGCCGGGGGCAUGUCCGGUGGCCACAUCAACCCUGCCGUGUCCUUCGCCAUGUGCCUCUCCGGCCGGAUGACGUGGCUCAAGCUGCCGUUCUACAUGGUGGCCCAGUUUCUCGGGGCUUUCACCGGGGCCGCCCUGCUCUUUGGCAUCUACUAUGAUGCCCUCAUGGCCUUUGCCGGGGGAGAGCUACUCAUCACAGGAGAAAAUGCCACGGCCUUCAUCUUUGCCACCUAUCCAGCCGGGUAUCUGUCCUUGGCAAACGCAUUUGUGGACCAAGUGGCGUCCACCACGUUCCUGAUCCUGGUAAUCUUAGCCAUCUUCGACACCAGGAACCUGGGGGUGCCCAGGGGCCUGGAGCCGGCGGUCAUCGGGCUGCUCAUCGUUGCCCUCGCGUGCUCCCUGGGGCUGAACAGCGGCUGCGCCAUGAACCCGGCCCGAGACCUGGGCCCCAGGGUCUUCACCGCUGUGGCCGGGUGGGGGUUGGAGGUCUUCACAGCCGGAAAUCACUUCUGGUGGAUCCCAGUGGUGGGGCCGAUGGUGGGAGCCGUCUUGGGUGUGCUGGUCUACCAGCUGUGCAUCUCGAUCCAGCUCCCCAGGCCGGAGGCGGAGCAGGAGGGACAGGUCACGACCAAGGUGGAGAAAUACGAACUCAGCGUCAUGAUGUAGGGCGACGGCCCUGGCGUCCAGAAUCCCCGGGGGGCUGACCCCGGCCGGACUGUGAAAAGGCAUCGGGCCCCUCCGUCCCGACCUGCCGUCUCCCUGGAAUCCCAGCCCCAGCUCUCCCUGGACCGGGCCAACUCAAAGCCCCGCCAAGAUCCGGGCCCAGUGGGAGGAAGGGGCUCAGCCUGCCAACUUGUUGGCCCUCGUUGUCGGGAACAUGGUGGGUGGAUGGUGGGGGGCUGGGGUUGGGGGGGCAUCUCACCAGCGGAAGCUCCCGGAAUUCCAUCCAUUGUCCAGACAGACUCCCAACUUUCAUUCAUUCAUUCAAUCGUAUUUAUUAAGGGCUUACUGCGUGCAGAGCACUGUAGUAAG